AUGUUCCAGAACAAGCCCCUCAGUAGGUACUCGGUGCACCAGCUCAACAGCCUCCCGCCCUACCUGGUCUGCGGCUACAAGGACAUCCAGAACUACGCCUCCCAGCACAACGCCCGCGCCGAGCGUUCAAAGCUGUUCUGCAGCAGCCACUUCGGCAGCCGCACCGUGCCUCUCGAGCAAAAGCAGGCGCUCGUCGACAAUGUCUUCAGCUCGGUCGCCAAGAACUACGACCUCAUGAAUGACGCCAUGAGUCUCGGCAUCCACCGCUACUGGAAGAACUACUUCGUGGAGGACCUGGCCGGGGUGCGGGUACUGGACGUGGCCGGUGGCACAGGCGACAUCGCCUUCCGGAUCCAGGAUCUGAACCGGGACAACGGGGUUGAGGUGACCGUGCUGGACAUCAACGCCGCGAUGCUGGCGGAGGGGCGCAGAAGGGCCUCCGAGCAACAGUACCAGGGCCUGGAGUUUGUUGAGGGCAACGCGGAAGAGCUGCCCUUCGAGGCCGACUCCUUCGAUGUGUACACCAUCGCGUUCGGGUUAAGAAACGUGCCUCGCACCGCCAAGGCGUUGGGCGAGGCCUUUAGGGUGCUGAAGAAGGGAGGCAGGCUGUCCAUCCUGGAGUUCAGCAAGGUCCAGACGUCCCUCUUCCGACAGGCCUAUGAAACCUACUCGCACCUGGUGAUCCCGCAGCUGGGCGAGACUCUGGCCAGCGACCGAGCCUCCUACCAGUACCUGGUCGAGUCGAUCCAGAAGUUCUACGACCAGGAGAGCCUGCUGAGGCUGGUGAAGGAGGCGGGCUUCAAGUACGCGGGCUUCAGGAACCUGAGCGACGGCAUUGUGGCCAUCCACAACGGAUUCAAACUGUGA